UUCCUGGAGCUACCAUACUUGGCUAAAUUCCAUUUGCUUCAGAUGGUGGAGUAAACUCCAAGAAAAAUGUCUUCAGAAACUCUGCAUGAGAGAUUGUGGAGUAGAUUCCAAGAAAAUCAUCAGGAACUCUUCCAUAGCAUUAAAGAUAACCCCUGCUGUGUGUUCAGCUCAUUCUCCUUUGCUGAGAGAAGUUGAAAAGAAUGAGAGUGAGGGCAGCAAUAGGCUGUUGCUUUCAGCAUUUAUAGCAGGAGGUUUUGGACAAGAAUCAAAUUAGAAACAGAAGGUUCCUGAUCAUCACCCGGUAUCCAGUCCUACUGAACAAAAUCUAACAGGAGGAAGGUUUUACCAAAUACUAGGUUUCAGCUGAUUCUAAAAAAUGGCGAGAAGGAGGUUUACCACCUUGGAAACAAUGCUGAUUGCUUUAUUCAUCAUGAUGGUUAUUGUGGCCAUUGCUUUAAUUAUACUUUCAGCCACCAGCAAACCAGGAACUGAUGACAAAGAUACCACAGAACCUUUCACCCCAUUUUGUCCUUUUUCCAUUCGCGAUGAUGAUCGAACCAACUGCCAUCCAGAAGAUGGAGCUUCGAGGGAACGCUGUGAAGCCCGAGGUUGUUGCUGGAAACCAGUGACCAGUGGAAAUGGGCCUUGGUGCUAUUUUGCAGUGAAUAUUGGAUACAAAAUCCAGGAAAGAGAAAAGGAAACGCAAACAGGCUUUGAAACUCUACUCCAACGUCUUCCUUCUCCCUCUGUUUAUGGAAAUGAUAUCGAAACACUACGAUUGACUGGCGAAAUUCAGACACGAAAUCGCUUCCGAUUCAAGAUUACAGAUCCUAACAAAUACCGAUUUGAAGUUCCACAUGAAAUCAUUAAAUCAUUUGAGGGUCCUGCAGCGUCAAAUCCUAAUUAUGAAGUCGAGCUCUCUGAGAAUCCUUUUGGAAUUUUAAUAAGGAGAAAGUCCACUAGAACUGUGCUGUUUGACACUUCAGUGGCACCUUUGAUAUUUGAUGAUCAGUAUUUGCAAAUAACUGCGAAACUUCCUAGUCACAACAUCUAUGGGCUGGGAGAACAUGUUCAUAAACACUAUCGACAUGAUACUAACUGGAAAACCUGGCCUAUCUUCACCAGAGAUGCAUUUCCUAAUGGGGACAUGAGUAAUCUCUAUGGACAUCACACUUUCUUUAUGUGUCUGGAAGGAGAGAAUGGCUUAGCCUUUGGUGUUUUCUUGCUGAAUAGCAAUGCAAUGGAGGUUGAACUUCAGCCAAGUCCAUCAAUAACAUAUAGGACAAUUGGUGGAGUUCUGGAUUUCUAUAUUUUUGUGGGUUCUUCACCUGAGGAUGUUGUUCGUGAAUACUUAACACUGAUUGGCAAACCGAAAAUGCCUGCCUACUGGUCUCUGGGAUUCCAACUUAGUCGCUGGGGUUAUAAAAACCUCAGUGAUGUUGAAGCUACAGUGGCGAGGAACAGAAAGAUUAAUCUGCCAUAUGAUAUCCAGAUCACUGACAUUGACUACAUGGAAAAUAAAAAGGAUUUUACUUAUGAUUUGGAGAAGUUCUACAAUUUACCUGAAUUUGCUCGUGAUUUACAUGCACAUGGCCAGAGAUACAUUAUCAUUUUGGAUCCAGCCAUUAGCACACAGGCACUGAUACAUGGUCCCUACAAUUCUUAUGACAAGGGCACAAAAAUGGGAGUGUGGAUCAAUGAAUCUGACAGAAAGACACCCCUUUUAGGAGAGGUCUGGCCAGGUGAAACUGUCUUCCCCGACUACACAAAUCCCCAGUGCAUUAAAUGGUGGGUGGAGGAAUGUGCAAACUUCCAUCAAAAAAUAAACUAUGAUGGACUUUGGAUAGAUAUGAAUGAAGUGUCAAGUUUUAAGUUUGGUUCAGUAAAGGGAUGUGUUAAGAAUCAAUGGAACAAUCCACCUUUUGUUCCAAAGAUUGUUGAUAGACUGAUGUAUGCUAAGACCCUUUGCAUGGAUGCCUGUCAAACUGGAGGAAUGCAUUAUGAUCUUCACAGUCUUUAUGGACAUUCAAUGAUACUUGCUACUGAACAAGUAAUUAACCAUGUGUUUCCUGGAAAAAGAAGCAUUAUUCUUUCUCGAUCAACAUUUGCUGGGUCAGGAAGUUACUCAGGACACUGGCUGGGAGAUAAUGCAGCAAACUGGAAUGACAUCAAGUGGGCAAUUCCCGGAAUGCUUGAGUUUAAUCUUUUUGGUUUUCCAUAUAUAGGAGCAGAUAUUUGUGGUUUCUUUGACAAUUCACCUGAAGAACUGUGUAGGAGAUGGAUGCAGGUUGGAGCAUUUUAUCCAUUUUCUAGGAACCACAAUGCUGAGAAUUAUAAACCUCAAGAUCCUGCCUUUUAUGGUGAAGACUCCCUUUUAGUGAACAGUUCCAAGCAUUACUUGAAUAUUCGAUAUACAUUGCUUCCUUACCUCUACACACUCUUUCACAAGGCCAAUGUUUAUGGAGACACUGUAGUUCGACCACUGCUUCACGAGUUUCCUACAGACAAAACAACAUGGACUAUCGACCUUCAGUUCCUCUGGGGACCUGCACUUCUUAUCACACCUGUACUGGAUCCUAAUACGGAAAUUGUCCGUGCCUAUGUGCCUGAUGCAGUUUGGUAUGAGUAUGAAACAGGUUCUGCUAUAUCAUCUCGAAAGCAGUUUCUGGACAUGCAUCUACCAGGCGAUAAAUUGGGGCUUCAUGUCAGAGGUGGAUUUAUAUUCCCAACGCAGCAACCAGCAAACACUACCUUUUUUAGUCGGAAGAACCCAUUGGGUCUCCUCAUUGCCCUUGAUGAACAAGGGAAGGCUAGUGGAGAAUUAUUCUGGGAUGAUGGAGAAUCGAAAGAUACAUACAAAGAGGGAGUUUAUACUGCCUAUCAGUUUACAGUUGCAGAGAAUGUUUUGGAUAUUAUAGUCCUAAAAAGAGGAUACAUUGACCCAAACAACCUUAAAUUUGGAGAAAUAAAAAUUCUUGGCAUGAAUAAUUCUCCAAUUUCUGUCGUUGUGAAACAUGGGCAGCAAAUCACAACUUUAUUGCCAGAAAAUAUCAUUUAUAAUGCCACCACUAAGGUUGCUUAUUUUACCGGUCUUCAAUUAAAAUUCGGAGAAUCAUAUUCAAUAGAAUGGAAUUGUUCAAUAAGGAUUGACUGUCACCCUGAAGUAAAUGCAAAUGAAGAUGCUUGUAAAAAGCAGGGUUGUAUAUGGGAAAGCAGUUCCAAUCCUUCUGAACCGUACUGUUUUUAUGAGAAAGACUAUGGUUAUCUCCUGAACACGAACAAAGGAUUUACAGUAACAGAACGUGGAAUGAGAGCUGAAAUUAAGAGAAAUAAUGCAUAUCCAAAACGUUAUGCAGGCCUAACACCAACUGUGGAAACCCUGCAAGUUGAUGUCACAUACCUCAGUGACAAUAUGUUGAAUUUUAAGAUUUUUGACCCAAAGUCAAAACGAUUUGAGGUUCCAGUCCAACUAAACAUCCCCAAAGGGACACAAGGUGAUAAUUCGACAAGACUUUAUGAGGUUCAAUUUACGGAUUUUCCAUUUGGGAUCCAGGUCAAAAGGAAGAGUACAGGUGUAAUCAUUUGGGAUUCCCAGUUGCCUGGUUUAACAUUUACUGACCAAUUUAUACAAAUUUCAACCCACCUCCCUUCAAAAUAUAUUUAUGGCUUUGGAGAAACCCAGCAUCAAAGUUUCAAACACGAUCUGAAUUGGAAUACUUGGGGAAUAUUUGCUAAAGAUCAGCCACCUGGUUAUAAAAUGAACUGUUAUGGGAGCCAACCUUUUUAUAUGGGUCUUGAAGAAGAUUUCAAAGCCCAUGGUGUACUAUUGCUGAACAGUAAUGCAAUGGAUGUAACACUUCAACCUUAUCCGUCUCUGACAUAUCGCACUAUUGGAGGAAUCCUGGAUUUUUAUAUGGUCCUUGGUCCAAACCCAGAAAAUGUUGUUGAACAAUACACAGCACUUAUUGGCCGCCCAGUCAUGCCCCCCUAUUGGUCACUGGGAUUUCAGCUAUGUCGAUAUGGAUACAAGAAUACCACUGAAAUUGAGAAUCUCUACACUGACAUGAAGAAUGCAAAAAUGCCAUAUGAUGUGCAAUAUGUUGACAUUGAAUACAUGGAGCGGCAGUUGGACUUUACUCUUGAUGCCAAUGAUUUCCAGAAUUUGCCAGCCUUUUUUGAUAAAAUAAGAAGUGAAGGGAUGCGAACUAUUAUUAUUUUGGAUCCAGCUAUUUCUGGUAAUGAAACUAAACCUUAUGAAGCCUUUACCACUGGAAACAAUAAUGAUGUCUUCAUUAAAUGGGAGAAUAGCACUGAUAUUGUAUGGGGGAAGGUAUGGCCAGAUUUUCCAAAUGUAACAGUUGAUACGUCAAAAUCCUGGGACUAUCAAGUGGAGCAUUAUCGAUCUUAUACUGCUUUCCCAGACUUCUUCCACAAUGAAACAAUCACCUGGUGGCAUACAGCAAUAAAGGAGUAUUAUGAGAAAACCUUGAAGUUUGAUGGACUAUGGAUUGACAUGAAUGAACCUGCCAGCUUUGUUCAUGGAUCUGUUCAUGGGUGUCAUGAUAAAAAAUUGAACUAUCCACCUUAUAUGCCAGCUCUUGAAUCAAAGCAUCUCGGACUGAGUCAUAAAACCCUCUGCAUGGAAAGUGAACAACUUCUACCUGAUGGAACUUCCGUGAGACACUAUGAUGUGCAUAACCUGUAUGGAUGGUCACAAACAAAGCCAACAUUUGAUGCUUUACAGAAUAUAACUGGACAGCGAGGGAUUGUGGUGACACGUUCAACUUUCCCAUCUAGUGGUCAAUGGGCGGGACAUUGGCUUGGAGACAACACAGCUGCCUGGAACCAGUUGCAUAAAUCAAUCAUUGGAAUGAUGGAGUUCAGUCUGUUUGGAAUUUCUUAUACUGGAGCAGACAUCUGUGGCUUUUUCAAUAAUGCUACUUAUGAAAUGUGUCUUCGAUGGAUGCAGCUUGGAGCAUUCUACCCAUAUUCUAGAAACCACAAUGGAUUGGGGUCCAAUAGACAGGAUCCAGUAGCCUGGAAUGAAACGUUCCAAAACAUCACAAGGAAUGUUCUUCAAAUACGUUACAAAUUGUUGCCAUUUCUCUACACAUUGAUGUACGAAGCUCACGCUCACGGCAGUACAGUAAUUAGACCAUUACUUCACGAGUUUUUUGAAGAUAAAAAUACAUGGGAUAUUGAUCGACAGUUCCUCUGGGGUGGGGCACUGAUGAUUAGUCCUGUAUUGGAUGAGGGGAACACUUCUGUACAUGCUUAUAUCCCUGACUGUCGCUGGUAUGACUGGUUUACGGCCAAAAGCAUCCCUAAAAAACGCGAGUGGAUUGAUAUACCAACACCGCUCGAUCGCAUUAAUCUUCAUAUCAGAGGAGGUUAUAUUAUUCCUUGGCAAGAGCCAGCAAAUACUACAUAUUACAGCCGAAGGAACUUCCUGGGAUUAAUAGUUGCCUUGGAUGAUAAUCAAGUUGCUCAUGGUCAACUUUUCUGGGAUGAUGGCCAGAGCAUUGACACAGUUGGAAGAAAGGAAUAUUUCCUAGCUAAGUUUGUUGCUGAUAAGAAUCGGCUGAAAACUGAAAUUGUUCACAACAAUUCGAAGAGUACAGCAAAUGAGGUGAAAUUGGGAUAUGUCCAAGUCUGGGGACUGGGAAACGUUCGGCCUUCACAUGUCAAUGUAACUUACGAGAACAAAGAUUAUUUAAUCAACAAUUUUGAGUACAAGUCUGAGUCGCAGGAACUCUCUGUUCAAAUGACAGAUAAAAAUUUCCAGAUAGACAAGCCAUUGGAAAUAAUUUGGAAAACAUCCUGAGCUUUAAUUCUACGUAUCGGACGUGUAUAGUUUUUUAGAUGAGUUUUGUAAUCUCAGAUUGAUUAAUGAAGAUUUCAAGGGAGCAUACUGAAGAAACAUCUAGCAGUUGAUAAAAAUAAUGCUCGGAAUCUGUAUUAAAAACAGAAGAUGCUUGAGAAAAUGUACCGAGUCUGGCAACAUCCAUGGAUCGAGAAACAGAGCCAAUGUUUUGAGUCUGAUAUGAUUUCUGAAGACAAAAUAUUGGACACAACACAUUAACCCUAUUUCUCUCUCCACAGAUGCUGCCAAACCCACUGUAUUUCUCUGACAUUUCUUGAAGAAUACAACAAUUUAAUAUAAAUUUAACUUAAAUACUUAAAAUGUUUAUCAAUUGAAAGGAAUUCUGUUGAAAGUCUUUCAUUAUGCAAUAUUUGACAUUGCAUUUACAUUUUUUUUUAAUAUUGCCUAGUAAUGGUGUUGGAACUAUUGCUUGUUAAAGCAUGCCACAGUGAAUCUAUCAACCAACAUUGUAAACAAUUCAGCAUGGUAAAAGUCAUGUGCAUUUUUACUGGUGAAUUGAAUGUAAGAACAAGGUGUGAUUUGAAAAUUAUGCAUAUGCUUGGUUAGGCUAGGUAGAAGUAUUCUUUGCAAUCUGGUUACCCAUUACCGUUGUUGAAUCUGAUUUCAAGUUUCAAUACUUUCACUUCAGGAACAGAUUCUUUAAGCAAGCCAGACCUACAAUGAUCGUAGGAAGUGAUCUAAAUUUCCCCAUGAUAUAUAGCAUUUAUCUUUUUUUACUUCAAAUCUUUCUUGUGUUUUUGCUAAUAACUUUUCAUUAAUAUUGCUUAAUGAAUGAUUGUGUAAUAAAGCAAUUUCAUAUUACCCCAAAUGUAAGUCUACAGUGCUGCUUAGUUUUGAAUUGAAACACUCAAACUAAAAGGGAGUUACAAAAAAAAACACUGGGUUCACUUAUGUCCUUUGUAGAAGGAAAUCUACCGUCCUUAUCGAAUCUGGUCUACAUGUGACUCCAGACCCACAGCAACAUAGUUGGCUGUUAAUUAACAAGAUACUCUGACUCAGCAGCUCUUGAUCAAGUGAGAAUGGGAACUGCAGGUGCUGGAGAAUCUAAGAUAACAAAGUGUGAAGCUGGAUGAACACAGCAGGCCAAGCAGUAUCUCAGGAGCACAAAAGCUGAUGUUUCGGGCCUACACCCUUCAUUAUCCUCUGAUGAUUUUGCUUUUCCUUAUGUAUGAGAUCAAUAUCCUUGCUGUUUUGCAAAGCCUCACACUUAAAAAUAAAUUUUCUGAUUUUCUAUUAGAUAAUUGUGACUGUGUUCCUGUGUUAGAAUGACACUCAUUGGGUGAUUAUUUGUGCUGUCUGAGGAAUGUAAUGAGUUGGUCAGUGGUUUCUUCUUCACAAGCAACCUGUGUGCGUUAUAUCUGUGUGUGCAUGCUUGUGCGUAACUGUUGUGUAUGCGAGUGUACCUCUGUGAGCACACACACGCAUACCACUGUAUAUACCUUUGUGUGUAAGCAUUCCUGUGUGUGCACUUGUGUCUAUGUACCUGACUGUGCACAUGCAUACUGCUGUGUAUGUAUUUGUAUGUAUGUAGCUAUAUCUGUAUGUAUGUACCUAUGUCUGCACAUGCAUAUACCUCUGUGUGUGUUGCCAGAAUGAGCCUUAUGCAUGUGUACCACUGUGUAUGUGCAAGCGUUCACGUACCUGUGCGUACAAGCUAUUGCCCUGAUAUAUGUUCACUUGUUUCUGUGGGUGUAAUCCUGUUCCUGCAAGCCUUGAUAGGAAGGGUUUAGAGGGAGAUGGGCCAAAUGCUGACUAAAGAGACUAGAUUAAUUUGGGACAUUUGGUCAGCACAGACAAGGUGGACUGAAGGAUCUGUUUUGGUGCUGUUCACGUUUAUGACUUUUAUAUGAGCUUAUACAAAUUCUUAGCUCACAGGGUCAUGUCUGCUGGGUGGCCACAAUACACCUAUUUGGCAUCAGUUUUGGAUCUGUGGAAGGGCUGACCCAUGAAUCAUUCAACUAACUCCUUCUGGGGCAUUGCUUGUUUAGAAAGGCAACAAUGAUGUAAUGAUUUUACAGGUUAGAUUCUAGGGUAUGAAAUUCUGAAGGGGUUUCCUGCUUCUCUGCUACAUGUUUGUGGGAAGAAAGACAGCUAUAAGAAUGAGAAUUGUCUGUGUGCAAAUAUGAAGCCCAUUAUUUUUUGUUUUUACCUCCAUACAUUUAGCAAAUUUUCACUAGAAUUUGAAUGCCUUGGAGGACUUAAGUGAUGCCUCUCAGUUCUGUCCCAUCCUACUGACAAUGCAUUCACCUGAAAAGUGAAACUGGGGAACAAUCACCGAUUUGCCUUCUAAAAUCAGUUUCCAAUCUUCUCCACAGCUGCUUUCUGCACUUUCUAACUGUACUAUUUUUGCAAUCUUCCAGACGCAUGUCAAAAUAUUUUGAAAUUUUAGUGUGGGUUCACUUAAUAAUGUCAUCUAUAGAGAAUAAGAUAAAUCUCUUUAAAUUCACUAAUAAUUCCAAAUCAACUGGUACAUUUUGUCACAAUUGUUUCUCCAUGUGCAACUUAUAAGUAGCCUUUUUCUUUCCAUUUUUCCAUUUUCUUAUGGUUCCUUGAUUUUAUUUCAUUAACGGUCAGAUCUUUGUUUAUUCCUGUUCAAAUUGGAUCGUUGGAUGACUUUGAAGAUUGGAAAUGAAUGGUUGUCGUUGACUGGCCUAAAUCUAGCUCCAUUUUGCUUAAGUGUUUUACAAUUAAAUACAAAUUCUCUUAACGUGUUAUAUCUUUUUGUUAAAAUAAAACCCUUUUGAAGCUGUAUGUGUCAAAUUUGAUGAAUGGAAGCUGCUUUAAGUCAGUGUUUUUGACUUCAAUCUCAUGUCCUCUAUACAGAGAAGACAUGCACCAAGA